AUGACCAAUGAAAUUAGAAAGAUUCAAAAUAAUAAUAUUAAGGUAAAUGAUAACAAUGAAAACGUUAAAAACAACUCAAGUUAUAAUCACAAUGUAACCGACAAUGAUAACCACGUUUCUAUCGAUCAUAACAGCCAUAACAACACAAGCAACACUGACAAUAACACAAGAAACAACACAAACAACAAUGACGACAAUAUAAGUGAUAAUAACACGAACAAUAAUGAUAGACGUAUUAUCAAUGAUCAUGAUAAUGAUAACAUAAAUAACAACGAAAACAAUGGUAACCAUGUUACUAUUGUACAAGUCAUUGUCGAUAACCUAAUCAACAACGACAACCAUGUUAUUUCCAAUAAUCUUGUCAGUAAUGUAAACAACUCAAACAACGACGUUGUUGCUGAUCAUGUCGGUGACAAUGAUGCAAACUCUAUUACCAACUCCAACAACAAUAACAGCGACAAUAACGAUGACCAUGUGGAUCAUGACAAUGAUAAUAACACAAUCAAUGACAACCUCGUUAUCGCAAACUCCAUUCAUAACAAUAACAACAACUCAAACAACAAUACCGACAGUGCAAAAUUAACUUUAUUUUAUCGUAACUUAAUGAGCUCUUCGUAUAAAGAAGACGAAUAUAUAAUUAGAAAAAUCAUUAAAAAAGGAGUCCAUCCAGUUGAUUCUAAUGAAAAAAUAAACCUUCUUAUUUAUUAUAAAAAUUUUAAGUCGCAACAACUACUAAUAAAAAAUAGUCCCAACGUUAAACUAGCAACAACACAGCACUCCCACGUCAUCUACCAAUUUCUAUGUCCUCACGAAGACUAUGAACAGCUCUGUGCAGUGGAGAAGCUUAUUCACUCAUUGGAUUUGUCCGGACAUAAAAGCUGUCAGCUGAAUCAUGCAAAUGUCAUCAGCGAUAUGUUUGAGAGCAGUCUUGAUGGAAUUAGAAAUGUUGAGUAG